AUGGCUGACCUGCACUUUUGGUAUUCUGUCUUGCUGACCGCACUGACCGUGACCCUUGUAUGGUGGAGGAACAAGAAACGACAUGACCCAAAACCUGCUCUUCCACAUGAUACGCACCACCAUUAUGAAGAGUUGCCGAGCGAUUACAAUGACAUCGAGCCAUUGGAAGACUUUGACUUGAACACAGCCGAACCAGUGCAGACUCGACCGUGGAAACCCAAGUAUCAUCUCACCAUGGGCCUUGAAAAAUGCAAUUUCUCAGACAUCUUGCCUAUUGAUAAAACCUUGGAGGAGAGACUUGCUCUUCGACGCAAGAUAGUCCGUGAGCAUUCUGAUGUGGUCAUUGCUUCUGACCCUUGCUCAGGGGCCGCCGUCAAGGAAUUUUAUAGUUAUUCUUUUCUCAAGCGGCAAGGCGACACUUACGUUGCAAAAGCACUCAUUCUUUGCUAUGCCUUCGCCUUCACUCCAUCUCUGAAGUUGAAUCAAACGCUAGCGGGGAUUCAUGGACCAGUUCCUGGCUAUAAGAAAAAGCUUGAAAGACCAAUGAACCGUUACUUCACCUCCCUACCCAAAGGCAAAGUUGUCAAACGGCACAACUGGAACAUUUCCAUCAGCCGCGGUCUUUUCGAAACGAAGGAGAACCCUUUGACAGUUCUGCCAGUGUGGCUGAUGGGGUGGAUCAGGACGGUUUUUGACUGGCUUGGUAUCGAGGUUUUGCAAAUGAAGACUGCUGAUCUGGACCCUGAGGAGAUGAACGCUCGAUGUGAAAGGCAGACCCUUCAUAGGUUGAUGGAGAAUGACAACAUGUUGGUGUUCAGUUUCAGGACUUAUCAGUACCCUCUCAAGCAGAUUCGGGACGAGGGCGGAGGACCGACGUUGGCUGAGGCGAUUCGGGGGAUUAAUCGGGGCAGUGUACCUGCGGUUGAGUGGUACAAGGCUUCGCCGUAUUGGGGACGAGCUGCGAUGGAGUAUCUCUGCGGUGGAGGUUCUGAAAAACCUGGAGAGAUUCGUAAAUAG